AUGUAUUUCAAUUACUUGAAAAUCGCAACAUUCCUCUCAAUUUUUGGCAUCUUUUCAGCGAUUUUCACUUUCUAUUCCCUUUUCACUGAUUUACUCACGGCAAAAAACGAGAUUCACAAUGAUUACUUGGAUUUUGAGAUCAAAUCCAGAGCCACAUUUGCAUCAAUUCGCGAGAUCGUUUCCAUCAAAUCAAGAGCUGAGCCUUCAGCGAGAAUUCAAAGAGACACAUAUCCAAUCGCGCCAAAUUCGAGAAAAUGCAAGAAUUGUGAUCGAUCGAGAUGUCCAAAAGGACCGCCUGGACCUGAUGGAAUCCCUGGAGAUCGGGGAAUUGAUGGCUAUGAUGGCCCCGCAGGGACUCCAGGCCAUGACGGUCCUCCAUCCGUAAGAUCCGGCCGUCCACCGCUUGAUUGUAUCCAGUGUCCACCAGGACCCCAGGGACUCCCAGGAGAUGACGGUUUAAAGGGAAAAGAUGGACCGAGUGGACCGCCGGGAGUCAUUGGAAUGUCUGGAAAAGACGGAGACAUUGGAGAGCCAGGUCCCACUGGAGAUGCCGGAGUCCCGGGACCCCCAGGUCAGCCAGGGGAACCUGGGCAACCCGGUGAACACGCAUUGCAAAGAGUCGGACAAAUCGGACUAAAGGGAGAACCGGGAAGCAAGGGAUCGCCUGGACCUAAAGGUGCAAAGGGUUUCCCGGCUUACCCUGGUCAGUCUGGACCGCCGGGGGCACCUGGACCAAAAGGAGCUCCAGGAAUCGAUGGAGUCAAGGGAGAACCGGGAUAUCCCGGUCCUCCAGGGUUGCCGGGGCGUGACGCGAAUUAUUGUGGUUGUACACAAGUCGAAGAAACUGAAACUGAAACCGAAUCGAAUGAAGAGAAAAGCGAGGAAAGAUACGGAGAAGAGGAGUUAGUGGAAAUGGAAAAAGAGGAAGCACAGCCGACGACACAAAACCCGGAAACGACGACGAAUGACAUGAAAAAGUUCGUCGAACUGCAAAAGGAUCUGCAAAGGAAAACGCAGGGAAAGUUGAGAGCUUUGCUUGACGCCCGUUUGCGAGAGGGUACCGAAGCUCAGUCGAGAUUCGGCCAAGAAUAUGGUCAAUCUCAACCCCCAUCCCAGCAAUUCUACAAUUUCCCCAGCCCUGGCAAUUUGAAUGUGAAAACCGAGAACUAUCGAAAUGUGAUCGCGAGAAGAUCGACACUGCCCAUUGCCUCAAGUCAGCCACAACAGAGAGCUCCAAGCGUCCAAGACACCGCUCAACUCCAAGCCGUUCAAUUGGCACAGGCUCAACGCCAGCUCGCUUAUCAACAACAAUUGCGAGCCGUUGCACUGGCUGAGUAUCAACGAUUGACAACUGGCGGGCAACGAGUGCAACAGCCCACACAGCCACUGAUGUACUAUGGAAAA